CUAACUAGUUAAAAAAAACAAAAAACGACAGGACAGCUACUUGACAUCAAAACAUACGGAUGUCGAUCGACCGCACAGUUAAUGAGGUUGAAUUUUAAUUGUGCGGCGUUGAGGACACGUUCGAGCUGAUAUUCAGCAACGAUGUGGAGGAGACACGCCGUGAAUUUGGAGCAAAGCGACCGUGUUUUCUUGCUAGCAGCUCGGUGGCUAAGUUGUCCCCUGUAGCUUGGUAACGCCAAGGUGGCGUUCAGGGGCCAUUGAACGUUAACGGAGCAUCCAGGGCAGAUGUUUAAUACUCGGACCGGAUGAAAAUCAAACCCUGCUGUCGUCCUGUCCGGCGGAUGGGACAGUGCGAAAGGCUUUAAUUCACCACCGAUGUCUUGAGUCUGUUUUGUGGGUCAGCUGUGCGUCGUGGUGGUAGUAGUGGCGGCGGCGGUGGGACGGAACCUGGGCCAUUGUUGUGCCCUGCCGCAUAAGCAUGAGCUGGGUUCAUCAGCUUUUGUGGCAUGUGAAAGCGUACUAAGAAGAAGCUCCACUCUCGGUCAUGGAGGCUCGCUUUGGCAACAUCGUGUUCAGCUCCAAGUUCGACUCGGGCAACCUGGCCCGUGUGGAGAGGAUGACCAAGCGCACGCCGAGCCCCCAUAAUGACGGCGGCGCUCACGCAGGGGGGGCGGCCUCUGCCGCCAACCUGCCCGACUACGAGUUCAACGUGUGGACGCAGCCUGACUGUGCCGGCACGGAACACGAGAAUGGCAACAGGUCGUGGUUCCACUUCAGCGUGCACGGCGUGGCGCCUGGCAAGCUGCUUAAGAUCAACGUGAUGAACAUGAACAACCAGAGGAAACUCUACAGUCAAGGCAUGACGCCUCUCGUACGGACUUCCCCCGGCAAGAAUAAGUGGGAGAGGAUCCGAGACAGACCCGCUACCGAGGUACCAAACACACACCGAUCAAAUAGGAACAGUGAUAUUAUUAAUACUAACAAUGAUUUAGCUUUUGCUCCUCUUGUUCUCCAGAUUGUACGCAACCAGUUCAUCCUGUCCUUCACUCACCGUCUGCUGGAGAUUCGAGGUGCCACCACCUUCUUCUCCUUCUGCUUCCCUUUCUCGUACGCCGAGUGCCAGGAGAUGCUGCAAUGCUUGGACGACAGCCACUGUGACGCAACCCAGCUCGGUUCUGACAGCCCCACAGACGAUGUUUAUUACCGGCGUGAGCUGCUGUGUCGCUCUCUGGACGGCAACCGCGUGGACCUCCUCACUGUGACCAACUGCAGCGGCAUGCGGGACGAGCGCGAGCCGCGUCUACCGCAGCUCUUCCCAGACGCCGACACGCCUCGACCUCACCGCUUUGACAACAAAAAGGUGUUCUUCCUGAGCAGCCGCGUGCACCCCGGAGAGACGCCGUCCUCGUUCGUCUUCAACGGUUUCCUGGACUUUAUUCUGCGGAAAGACGACCCGCGAGCCCACGCGCUCAGAAACAUGUUCGUCUUCAAGCUUAUACCCAUGCUCAACCCGGAUGGCGUUGUGAGAGGCCACUACAGGACUGAUUCACGGGGCGUGAACCUGAACAGGCAGUAUAUGAAUCCCAGCCCUGAGCUGCACCCGUCCAUCUACGCUGCCAAAACGCUGCUGCUCUACCACCACUUGCGCAGCCGUACGACGCACAACAACGCGCGACCCGGCGAGGCCCAGGCGCCUUCCCUUCACGUCCAAGCCCCUCUUCCUCACGUGGAGUCUGCCGAUCAGCACGAAGUUCCUGCCCUCACCGCCCUGGAAGUCACCCUGAACCAGCGCAACGCGGCGAAGGAGGCGACUCUCCCCAAGCCCGAGCUUGCCCUGGUGACGGAGGAGAACGGGUGGACGGCGAAGGACGACAUCAGCAGCUCGUCCGGCUCCUUGGAGAUCGUCCCGGCCACUGCGCCACCGCCAGGUGGACCGCCACAGCUUCCAAAAGAGGGGGCAACGAAACUAGCGCAGGCGGAGGGAGAGGAUCGGGAAUCCAUUCAGCCAAAGGAGGGAGGCGUGGCCUACUAUGUGGACUUGCACGGUCACGCGUCCAAGCGGGGCUGCUUCAUGUACGGAAACAAUCUGCCUGAUGAGAGCCACCAGGUGGAGAACAUGCUGUACCCGAGGCUGAUGGCCAUCAACUCGCCACACUUCGACUUCCUGGGUUGCAACUUCUCCGAGAAGAACAUGUACGCGCGGGACAAACGCGACGGCCAAUCGAAGGAAGGCAGCGGACGGGUCGCCGUUCACAAAGCCAUCGGAAUCCUGCACAGCUACACGCUAGAGUGCAACUACAACACGGGAAAGGCUUUUAACCCCGUCCCAGCUGCAUGCCAUGACAACGGGCGGGCUACGCCCCCUCUCACGCCGACAUUUCCACUCAAGUACACGCCAGAAAUCUUCGAACAGGUGGGGCGCGCCGUGGCCAUCUCUGCACUGGACAUGGCCGAGUGCAACCCGUGGCCCCGCCUGGUCCUGUCGGAGCACAGUUGCCUGGGCAACCUGCGGGCGUGGGUGCUCAAGCACGUGCGCAGCACCAAGGCCCAGAGUGCCCACCUCGGCACCAACCCGCCGGCCAAGCAGCAGCAACACGGCAAGGCGUCGCCGCCCAAGACCUUCCUCAACGGUCUGAGCGACCCACCGUCCGAGGGUUCCUUCGUGCGGCUGCGCUGCAACAGCCAGAGCAGCGGCAGCUUGACGCCCUCCCCCAAGAUGCCCAACUCGCCCAGCUUCACUUUCGGGUGUCCCCCGCCGCGGGCGCACUCGCAGAGCCACGAUGGCGGCAGCGGGCGAGGCCGCGGCCACAAGUCUGCCGGACCCGUACGGGACGCCAAAACUGCGGAGAAGAGACGCCCGCCUCCUCACCAACGCACCAUCCUGCGUUCCCCCGGCAACAGCCACGCAUCUGCCCGCCCCCCUCCGCCACCCUCACUCCUUCUUUCCUCCUCGUCGUCGUCGUCGUCGGUGUGCGCGGCGGCGGCGGUCUCCUCGAGCAUGGCAGGCCUGGGCCCUGCAGACUUCCAGGCAGGCUCGGCGGCAGCCUGGUGCAAACCAGCUUUACCCGCACGUCCCGGCCGAGGCGGAAGAGGAAACCGAAACGCCGGCCACCGUCUGGCCGCAGCGACUGCGAAAGACUGUGGGCCUGAGCACAUCUUGGCCUCGGUCAAAUUUAGCAAGUGCGAGCUGCAGCCACACACGGGCGCACGCAACAGGAAGGCGGCGGCGUCCGACGGUGCCGCGGCGCGUCUCCCUAAAAGCCGCACCAACGUAAUCAUUCAAGCAGAUGACGAAGAGCGAAGCAAGCAGCAGACGUGUAUAGCCCACAAGAGGACCACCGCCCGAGCCCAUGUUGUGAAAUAGCGACCCCCGUGCUGACAAUUCCGGGAACUCCGCAUUUCCUCAACAACCUGUGUCGCCUCAUCAGAAAGACAAUGCUAACUUUGAAAGCGACAGCCGUUUCAUGUGCAGUUACCGUCAUUAGAUCGUGCGGCUGUUCUUAAUGGAGUGGCCAGUGAGUGUCACGUAUAUUUCCGUAUUGAGUCAGUGUACUGCAGUCGUAUUGUCGUUGUCAGGUUUAAGUGCCUUCACCACAGUGAGUGUAAGCAGAGAGUACCUUCAUUUUUAUCUUCAAACACUGUAGACUAUGACACCCUAACACAUACAAAUACAGUGGUACCUUGAUUUAAGGAGUGCCCCAACUUGCAGAUUUUUCAAGUUACGAGCAGUCUCUUGGUCUUUUUUUUUUUUAAUUUGUAUUUUGUUUUACUUUGUGUUGCAAACGAGCUUCAGAUGUGCUGCCACUCGAUUGAAAUGUUAACAAAUUUAGCAAUUGCAAUGUUGUAAUGCCCGCACAUGUAGGCAAGGAGAGCCAUACUUUCAAGUGUUUUUCCAACAGGACAAAAUGAGAACACACACACAAGGAGCUGCUGUAGUCCACAACUCGCACCCAGACGCUCACACGCAGACUAACCUGCUUCAGUUCAUGUCACUCACUAGGCCACGCCCCUUGAAGGCACACACCCAAUACACAAAUACUACAGUACGCACAGGAAUUACAUUUUAUAAGUGUUCCCUUGCUAUAUCACGGUUUACCUAUUGCGGAUUCGGUGCAUUGAUUUUAUUUUUUCAGAUUCAUAGUGCAAUUUUUUGUGGUAUGUUUACAUUUUUUAAAGGUGUUUUUAAGAGUAUAUAAAGUGGUUAAUAGAAUUGUCUGUGAAUGUUCAUACAGCUUUAAAAAAAAUGUAUAUGUGAGCGCUACUUUGGAGAUUUGACCUAUUGCAUGUGUGGUCCGGAACCUAACCCCCGCGAUAAACGAGGGAUUACUUUAUUUCUUUACAUUCUCUUGUAUGUAACAAAAAACAUUAUGGUGUUUUCAGGGCUGGAACGGAUUAAUUUAAUGGGACAAGUAAAUUGAGUCCCAAGCUUGGUCAAACUCUUAAAUCAGGUACCACUUUAUACACAUUUACUAACGAGCACCUUGUCAGUUAACCUCAUUCUAUUAGAUGUUGCCUCUAAGAAGUAUCCACUUUAAUGCUGCUCCUUUAAACACUCGAUGUUGUACAGAAGAUUGUGUGAUUUAAUUGAUUCUGGCAGGUUCCGUUCAAGCAAUACCCCCGACAAUUGUUACAAAAAUGAGUUAUAGACGUUCUCUUUAACUACCCUUAAGCUGAUCAAUUUUAAGUCAUUUAUGUCCCCUCCUGUGAUUAAGUGUAAUAAAUAUGUGUCCCAUGUAAUUAUAUAUUUUCUGUGGACCAGUAAGUGUUGAAUAUUAUGCUAUACAAGUAUUUUGGGACCAAAUAUUUGUCAUUUGUUCGUGAUCUGUACAUUGCUAUUUUACUGUGGCUAUAGGUCAAUGAUGAUUAAUAUUUAUUUUGGAAUAUUUUUGUUCUGAUGGUGAGAUGGCAAAUUUUUCUCUAAUAUAAGGUAGGUAGGUGCCUUGGCUCAAAGGUUAGGUAACUGCAUAUAAAACCAUUACAGAUAUAUAUAUUUUUUUUCUGCAUUUUUAUUUAGAAAAAAAAAACUACUGCACAAU